AUGGACUUGUGGAGGUUUCGGGCUCAGUCUACCUUUCAAAACUUUGGUGAGUUAAUGGCUUCGGUUAUUAAAAAUGAUAAAUCUCCUGAGCUAUUUGCUAUGUUUGUUUGGUCCAUUUGGACACAACGGAACCAACUAAGGACCCAGCAACCUUGUUGUUCCACAUCCCAUUUGGCUCAAUCUGCCAAUGAUAGGUUCCUGGAGUUCAAGGCAGUCCAACCAGCAACUCUUCCUAGUCAGAGACAACAGCAAGUUACUUGGUCUCCCCCUGCACCUAAUGCCUUCAAGAUUAACUAUGAUGGAGCAAUCUUUGCCGAUACUAACAGAUCAGGUAUUGGUGUAGUUAUUCGUAAUGGUGACGGUCUUGUGAUUGCUUCGUUGGUGCAACCGCUGAACCAAGCUUUCAAAGCAGUGGAGAUUGAAGCGCUGGCUGCAUCUCGUGCUCUUGAGUUGGCUGCUGACAUUGGCCUUGACAAUGUAAUCUUGGAAGGGGAUUCUAAAGUGGUGACACAAGCACUGGAAACAGAGGAUGUGGGCUGGGCUGUUUAUGGUUUGCUGAUUAGAGAUGCUUGUACCUUAGCUAGGAAUUUUUCAGAAGUGUCUUACUCUCAUACAAAGAGAGAGGGCAACAAAGUUGCGCACGGUUUGGCUAAGUUAGCUGCAAAUUUAGCAGAUUGUGUAAUUUGGAUGGAAGAAGUUUCACCAUCUAUUUCAUUUUUUGUACAGGCUGAUUUGGCCCCCCAUUUCCAGUGA